GUUAAAAAAAAAAGGCAUGCGUAUGUGUCAGUCAUUGCAGUUAACAUCAGUUUCAUGUGCACAUAAUUUUUUAAAUAAAAUAUAAUUAUAUUUCAGUAGUUUACACACAAUGAUAAGUUUGGCUGAAAUUAUCCGUAACUUAUCAAGGUCAUUGGUGGAGUGAGACGCUCGAAGGUCAUUUUCGUCCAUAUCAGUCGGCCAUGUUGGAUUGCAGUUCCGUAGCUCUUCGUGUACGCGUUUGUUGUUCCGUUUAUCCUGCCGUUAUACACGACUUAUCUUGUUGCGUAUUGUUCACAAAUGUUGCGUUUCACCUCAUUUUUUGUUUCUGUUGCUGUUAAAAUGAAUUAUUUCUUUGGUUUUGGAACUUUUCACUACCAGGUCAGUGCAUUCAUUUCGGUGUAAUUGUUUCAUACCUUGUAUUUAGGCGGCUUUCAGUGUUUUAGUUGGUUUUCAGCUGUUAGUGAAUUGGGGUGACUCUAAAGAAUAGCGGCCCAAAUCGAAACGACCUUUGAACAGAAAAGUGACCUUGAACAAGGAAUCAGCUGACUGUAUCAUUUGCGGAAGUAAUCAUGGAUGUUUUCGAUUACUGUUUGGAUAACGGACUGGUAGCUUUGUCGAAAAUUUGCUAAUGUGGAGUUAUGCAUAUACAAAAAUACACAGAGGCCAUUGAUGGCUUUGUAUACAGAUGUAUUGAGUACCGAAAGAGGAAAUCGGUUCGAGAAGGAACUUUUCUCUCAAGGUCUAAACUACCUUUGACGAAAAUUUUAAUGAUCUGUAACUUCUGGGUCCUGAAAAGAGUAGUCACAGCUACAGCUUAUGAAACAGAAAAUUCAGAGGUGUCAGCAGUGCAUUGGUACAACUACUGCAGAGAUGUUUCCUCCUGGAAAAUGAACACCCUGACUCAAGUUCUCGGAGGAGUCGGAAGCAUAGUCCAUAUUGAUGAGACUGUACUUAUAAAAAGGAAAUACAACCGCGGGAAAUUACAAGCAAACCAGCUUUGGAUACUAGGUAUCUACGACACGACACUGCGCAAAGUAUAUAUAGAAGCGAUUCCCAAUCGCAGUGCAGCAGUAUUAGUGCCUAUUAAUAAGCGUUUGGUGUUGCCGGGGUCGACUAUUCAUACAGAUGAAUGGAGCGGAUACCGUCAAUUAUCGAAUCAUGGGUACAUUCAUCAUGUUGUUAAUCAUACGGACGGUUUCCGGAAUCCUUUGGAUGGAACCCACACCAGUUCCAUUGAAAGUAGUUGGAGUCGUCUAAAAAGACGUAUAAGAGCGGUUAAUGGAUCGAGAAAUCCCAUGAUUUACAGUUACCUGGAUGAAUUUAUGUACCGAAACUGGUUUCAUAUGACUAUGAAGACUCCCAUGAGAAACUGGGAGGUUUUUUUGGAACAUACACGCGAACGCCAUCCUUUGUAACUGUUUAUUAUGAUUGCACUACUUAUAUAUAAACCGUUUUUUACAAUUAUGCGCCUUUCUUUUUGAGCCUUCUCAUUGGCCGAAGUUGUCCCUGUCAAGGUCAUUUUUGCGUUAAAAAAUCGUUUCGGUUUGGGCCGCUAUUCUUUAGAGUCACCGUGAAUUGGUAAUGUGUAGAAGU